AUCGCUGAGGCUGGUUGAGCGCGCGUGGGGGAGGCGGCUUCUUCCGGCUGGACCGAGUGGUAGCUUCGUACGUUGAAGGACACUGUCUGCGGAAUUCUUGCCUUUUGCAAGCAAUAUCCCACUCGCCACGCCCUGCGCCACUCAUCCUCUCCAAGACUCUUCCUUUAAGACCCUACUAAAUUGCGAGAUUGAAAUCAUGGCAGGUCCAGAAGCUGACGCCCAAUUCCAAUUCACUGGUAUCAAAAAAUAUUUCAACUCAUAUACGCUCACAGGUAGAAUGAAUUGUGUACUGGCCACAUAUGGAGGCAUUGCUUUGCUGGUCUUAUACUUCAAGUUAAGGCCAAAAAAAACUCCAGCUGUGAAAGCAACAUAAAAGGAUUCUAAGCUGUACCUCAUCUGUUGAUUUCCCAUACCUGGAGAAGCUAAUGUCAACUCAUGUGAUACUCAAUUUGUACAAUAAAUUAUGAACCUGGAAAA